AUGUAUCUUGAUCUUCACUUCCUCAGUAAUACCACUACCAGUACUGAGCUCGUUCGUGAUUUCAACGUCAAGGUGGCUAUCUACCGCGAGAAGCUCAUCAGCAUUGCCGACUUCGGGGACUGCUCGCACUUCCGACACGAAGUCCGACGCUACCGACGGAAAUGCUUAGAGGCUGCAAAGACCGCCAAGACCAAACUCUAUCCACACAUGCGAGGGUGUCGAACGAGACCGGAGUUCGAGAGGUUGUUCAUACAGCUGACUGGAUGUAUGGAGAUGUAUGUUAAUGAGAUGAUUAAAUCACUCAUUCUUCUUCAGAUAUUACCCGUAGAUGCCCUCAGAGUGCCUGGUGUAGUAGAAAGUUCUGAUGUGCCUAACAAGGGGACCUGGCCGACCACGGGGAAGCCCCUUUCCAACGCCGUCCAGGGAUCAGACAGACUAAAAGGGGAGAGGACGAUCUCGGAGCACAUGGAAGACUCCAUGGUCAUCGACGCCCCCAUCACCAUCAAAGACGACCUCGAACAAAUAUGUGUAGAUAUAAGGCAUGUUCAGGCUAUGCUGAGGGAGGUCGAUCAUAACGAGUUACUACCAAGACAACGAACUCCAGAUGGUAGUGCAUUCAUCUCCGAAGUUCUUCCCGUGAGCGGUGUUGGUAAGAUGAGGCGGAGGCUUAUAUGGUGUUGCUGUUCUAAACCUCUAUAAAGUUCCGUCAGCUGAUCCAAUCAUCACUCAGAAGUCAUGGGUGAUGAAGUACGACCCUACAAGGAGCACCCGAUCAUAAUGUGGCACAUAUUAUUCUUCUUUGAUUGGACGGUCUAGGAAAUUCUUUGCGAAAUAGAGUGCAAUCUUCAGGACCCAGUCGCUUAUUACAAUUUUCCAACAAUAACGUCAGCAUCCAUCUCGAUACUUUUGUAGAACGGGGUAAAAUGACAAAAAGUCCAUGAACAUGUUCAAAUACCAAGAGAGUGCAGAUGCCAAUGCAGUCUGCCAACAUUAAGAUAGUCAGAAAUGGAUGCUGCUGAAGAAUGAGGUUUAAACUUACGCAUUUUUAAAUGGUUUUCGAUAUGGGGGUGGGGUUUAAACCACCCUAUGGGAUCCGUGAAAGAAAGGGGGAGGUGGAUCUACGGAAGGGAGGGUUCAAGACGCAGUACGUCGCAGCACAGGAAAGAGAUGAACCUCAAAUGCCCCCUUUUCCUUGUCAAUUUUUGGGGAAAUAAAAACUGGUCAACCCCCUUUCAGCAAAAAGCUAGAUCCGCUAAUGAUUAGGCGUCAGGAUCUGACAGGACCUUCGGUACGACUCUCACACCUUGUAGGGAAAUAUUGGGAAGUAUCCGGGACGUGAUAUUCGGAACAUUAGUAAAACUGAUAAUAUAGAAACCAAAAAGUCAAAGGGGAUGGACAGAUUGCAGGAGCGGUGGCUUUCGACGA